GCUCUGCGCCCCCGACCUCUCUUCCUCUCUCCAGUUAGAACCCACCCCCACCUACUCCGUUUCUCCUCUUUCUCAUCACGACUCCCCAGGUCCCCUCCCUCGGGUCUGCCCCCACCUCUUCCGCGUGCGCCCUACCAGGCACAGCGAGCCAGAACCGAGGUCCUCGGAGGGGACAGAGCGAGCCGCGGCGGCGCCGGUGACCGCGCCCGUGACCGCCGCGUCAGCGCGUUGCGCCCCAGUGGGCAGUGCGCUGAGCACUCCGCGUCCCUUGCGGGCCGGAACUCCAAAGGCUUUCCCAGCUCAGCGCUCCGGUUUCCGCCUCCAGAAAAUGUUUUUUUUACUCCAACCCCGACCCCCUCUGACCUGCGGUGCCAACCUGCGACUCUGUAACAGUGCCUUGAAGAGAAAGAGGUUGAUAAACAAAAUCGUCAGCUACUUAUUGUUGGUUGAGCAUUUCCUAGGCACGGUGCUAGGCACGGUGCCAGUGUUUUACAUGCGUGGCCUCAUUUAAUCCUAUCAACCCCCUAUGAGCUAAGUACUAUUGUAUUAUCCCCAUUUGUAGAAAAGAAUAAUAACAAUGAGGACAAUAAUGUAAUGGGAGCCCCAUGUAUUGAGUUCUUUCCAAGGGCAGGCACUUUUCACGUCAGCUUUUUUAACUCGUUAAUUCUUGAGGUAGGCUUUAUUGUCCUGUAUUCCAGAUGAGGAAACUGAGGGCCAAGGUCAUACCAUUAAGUGAGUGGCAGAGGCAGAAAUAACACCUAGGUCUUCCUUACCCCAAAGCCUGUUUGUGGAGUUCUGGGAGCCUCCUUCCUGCUUCCCGAGGGACCCCACCCUCUCCGUGGCGGUCUCCCUGCUCCACCUGAGCAGGGUGUUCUGUGGCUCCUCACCAGCCUGGCCUUGAACCACAGGCGCUUCACCAGCACGACGGCAGGUAUGGCAGGUGUGGAGCAGCAGGAGGGCACCGUCCAGGUGCAGGGCCAGAGCCUCUUCUUCCGGGAGGCUCGGCCGGGCGGUGGGCAGGCCGCCCGAUUCUCUGUGCUGCUGUUGCAUGGCAUCCGCUUCUCCUCUGAGACCUGGCAGAACCUGGGCACACUGCACAGGCUGGCCCAGGCUGGCUACCGGGCUGUGGCCAUUGACUUGCCAGGUCUGGGGCGCUCCAAGGAAGCAGCAGCCCCUGCACCUAUUGGGGAGCUAGUCCCCAGCAGCUUUCUGGGAGCUGUGGUGGAUGCCUUGGACCUGGGCCCCCCAGUUGUGAUCAGCCCGUCCUUGAGUGGCAUGUACUCCCUACCCUUCCUGACGGCCCCUGGCUCCCAGGUCCGGGGCUAUGUGCCAGUGGCCCCCAUCUGCACUGACAAAAUCAGGGCUGCCGACUAUGCCAGUGUGAAGACCUCAGCUCUUAUCGUAUAUGGAGACCAGGACCCCAUGGGUCAGACCAGCUUUGAGCACCUGAAGCAGCUGCCCAACCACCGGGUGUUGGUCAUGGAGGGGGCAGGGCACCCCUGUUAUCUUGACAAACCUGAAGAGUGGCAUACAGGCUUGCUGGCUUUCCUGCAGGGGCUAUGACGCCCAGCCCUGCUGACGGGAGUGGGCUGCUUGCCUGCCUUGGGCUCUCUCUCUCAUUCUGUCCCACUCCCUCCAUGGGCUCCUGCUCAUCGUGCAUAUGCAACAGGUGUGUCUGUCUGGCUAUCUGGGUUCUUGUUUUUUGGGGUCUGUCUGUCUUUUCCUCUUUCUUUUUCUCUUGCAGUGACAGACUGAGGAGGUGAAAUCAAGAGAAAAAAAUUCAAGGGACGUAAUCUGGUGGAGGGUAAUUCAUUAGUUGAGCUUCUCCUAUAGGCUUUCCUGCUGGGCUUGGACUCCUUCCUCUGCUCUGUCCAGCCUCCCCCUCCUGCCUCCCACCUCCUGCUUUGGCUGCUCGGGCAGGAUACUCACACCCCCUACCCCUCCCUCUUAGGCCACAGAUACAUACAUGCCCACAUGCAUGCUUAUACAAUGGAGCCAUCUGUGUUCCCAAAUAUGACCCUUCACUUGGGAGCAACCACAUGGUACAUGCAACUCUGGACUGACAUGCACACUGUCACGUGCAGCUUUGCAUUGCAUGCACAUACACACAUGGAUACUCGUGCUUCCACAUAAGCACUUGCACAGGCACAUAUGCCCUCCCAACCAUGCAGCAUCCCAGUGUCUGGGAAGGUGGAGACCCCAAGGGUCAGCUCUUGCAAGAGAUCCCCUGCCAGGCUUAGAGUGUGGCCAGCCCUGGACUCCAUUCAGCCACAGGUUGCAGCUGGCCCUAGACCAGAAUUGCCCCCCAAAAGGGGAGGGCCACCCCUUCAACCCUUAGAUCUCCCUGCUUUUCUCCCCCCUUCUGGGCGUUCCACACCUCCCCAGGUGUUUAGGCCUGGGUCUUCUCAGCCAACUUGUUUCCUGCUCUGAGGUUUGGGGGAUGGGGAGACGAGAGUAGAGGUCGGUGAAAUAAAGUGAUGCAAUUAGA